AUCGUGAUGCUUAGGCUCGUUGAAGUGUUGAAGACACAUUACUGACAGGCUCCUACUUCAAUGGACUUGUUUGCUAGCGUUUUCUGUAGUCGGUCAUUAUAUUUAUAGUUACUAGAAACUAGAAUGAAUUGAAGUGUGGAGUCAUCGGCUUGCAGAUUGACGAGGUUAACAUUGUGAAGUAUGUCAUAGUCAUCCCAUUAUUUACUGUAGUCUAAAUAGAGUAGGUGCCAUGUGCGAAGAGUGUGAUGUGGGACUGACUGAGAGUUUAAACUUGGAUAAUGAUUUGAUAAUAGAUUUUUUAGUUGAACAUCGAGUUUUUAAGCCUGAGAUAAAUUGUCCUGAGUGUACUAGUUUGAUAAAAUUAAACAGGGAGAGUUUGAAUUAUUAUUGUUUCAAAUUGGAAAAUACAGGAGACGAAAAGAGAAAUUGCAGCAAGGAGAUUUCUGCAAGGGUAAAUACAAUCUUUGAAAGUUGCAAUGUCGAUAUCAAUGUGUAUUGGCAGUUUAUUACUUUGCUACUCCAUUUAAGGCCACCAAGAUACGAAUUGUUCAGGGAAGAGCUAGGUCUCAGUAAUCGGUUGAUUAAUGAUUUGUGUUUGUAUUCUCGUGAUGUAUUAAUCAGGGAUUGUUUGGAAAAAAGUGAAAAAUUGGGUGGUAAUUCAAAGUGCGUAGAAGUUGAAUCCAGUUUGGACAAGUCAAAAUCAAAACAUUCCAACACACAUAACUUAGCCUUAAGUGGUAUGGAGAUAGAGUCUAAAAAAUCAUUCUUUGUUGUUAUUAUAAAUCCUGAACCUGCCAAUAUUCUUGCUGUAUUAAAAAAAUGGAUAUUACCAAACACCACUGUAGUGACUGAUUGCAGCAAGAUCUGCAUCUGCCUUGAUGAUGAACAGUUUCGCGAAUAUACUAUUGAAAGCUCUGUGAACUUUGUCAAACCAGAGAUGUUCAACCAGUUCAACAAAUCUAUGGCACGCACAUGGAGAGAAGUCAGUUUAAGUAGUACGCCAAGCUGUAAAUCAAACUUUAGUGGUCUUCUGGGAGAGUAUCAGUUUAAGAGGAAAUACACGAGACUGCAACGAUUACAUCAUUUCUUCAAAGCUGCUGGACAUUUAAACCAACAUAGUACUGAACAAGAAUCUGGAUCCAUGGAGAGCUAGUUCCAAAAUUCAGAACCUGUUUCAAUUUUUACAGCAAAACAAGAAGUAUCAGACAAGAAGUAAACAUCUUUGGUAAUUCAAAAUUAAAUGUUUUUGAUUCUAA